GUCGCCGGGUAGAGCGUCCGCGUCCCUCGUGUCCGUCCCCCGCGUAUUCUACGGUUCAGUGCUCCCCCUGUCCACGCGCUUUCGGCGAGAUUUCGCCACCGUGCCACAGCGGUAGUAUACUAUCGAUAUAGUCACAAUACAAUAGUUCGAAUUGUGGAUAGUUCAACGCGCUGAAAAGUGAUCCCCGGAUUUUAUUUUCUGUGGUGCUUUUCAUGCAGUGAUCUCGCUUUACCCCACAUGUGCAAAUCCAAAAUAUUUCUCAUUCUAUGUCUUAAAAAUUCGGGCGUUAUAUUCUUCUGAACUCCUGGUUCUUUCGUGAAAAUUCUUGCCUGUGUGUUAGUGGAUUUGUGAGUGAAUUUAUUUUACAAUCAGUAGUUCGAUCUUGCCGGAUUAUUUUAACUUUAAUUUAAUCUCUUUCGAGUGUGAAUUAGUGAUGUCCGAUCUCUGCUCAAUGAGUGCGCACAGGCGUGAGUUGUGUGUGUCUAUCGGUUGAAGAUACCUUUACCCUGACCUCAUAAGUUCCUCGGAUGUGCGUGAAUUCCCCGGUGAUUUUGUCUGCCUUCGCCCGACGAUGUGCCGCGCUUCAGUUUAAAGCCUCCGACGCGAAGAUGAGUGACAAAGUGAAAAUGCUGGUGCUCCUGUCGCUCCUGCCUCUUCUCUCGACGGCUGCUCACUCGCCGAGCCUCCGAGACCUCUACCUCCAUCCGUCGAUGCCGUUGGACCCUUGCUACGACGAGGACACCCCCAAGCGCUGCAUCCCGGACUUCGUGAACGCAGCCUUCGAGAACCCUGUGGACGUGACCUCUACCUGCGGGGUCGCCGCCCCGUCCAAGUACUGCGACGCGCCCGGUCCCAACAGCGAGGUCGACUGCCACGUCUGUGACGAUACAGUCCCCAAGAAGCGCCACCCAGCCAAGUACCUCACCGACCUCAACAACCCCAACAACAUCACCUGCUGGCGCUCCGAGCCCAUGGUCCACCAGAGCGACGUCAACGCUCCCCCCGACAAUGUCACUCUCACCCUCUCACUCGGGAAGAAGUACGAGCUCACCUACGUGUCCCUCCAGUUCUGCCCGCGGUCUAUCAAGCCGGACUCGCUGGCCAUCUACAAGUCGAUGGACUACGGGAAGACCUGGCAGCCGUUCCAGUUCUACUCGAGCCAGUGCAAGCGCGUCUACGGCCGCGUCAACCGCGCCACCAUCACCCGCUCGAACGAGCAAGAGGCGCUCUGCUCCGACUCGCACCGUCUGUCGGGCGACGUGAGCGACGGGCCGACCGGCUCCCGGAUCGCCUUCAGCACCCUCGAGGGCCGCCCCAGCGCCGCCGACUUCGACAACUCCCCGGUGCUCCAGGACUGGGUCACGGCCACCGACAUCCGCGUCGUCUUCAACCGGCUCAGCUUCCCGCCCGGCGAGGUGGAGGAAAGGGAGACGAACGAAGGCGACGAGAUCCUCGAGCCGGAACUCGUGCCCAAGAAACCCGACCCGAAGAGGAAGAAGGUCCCGUCCUCCUUCGACGACGACGAUGAUUUGGACGAUGACGGAGAGGACGAUGAAGAGGAGGGUGAUGAAGACGUGGACGAUGAGGAUGGUGAUGAAGAGGAUGACGAUUUCGAAGACGAGGAUAACAGUCCGGUAGUGCUGAACCCGAAUCAGGAGUUGCAGAACCAGGAGCCGGACAAGGCGACAACUGCAGGGAAGCUGGAGGCGAAGGAGGCUGAGGCGAAAGGGUUGGGCAGCGUUCUGAACAACCUGGUGCCGACGACGAUGUCCACGGUGGUCUACCACUACGCGGUGUCCGACUUCGCGGUCGGCGGUCGGUGCAAGUGCAACGGGCACGCUUCGCGGUGCGUUCCGGGGCCGGAGGGCCUCCAGUGCGAGUGCAAACACAACACGGCCGGUCGAGACUGCGAGAGGUGCAAGCCCUUCCACUUCGACAGGCCCUGGGCUAGGGCCACCGCCAGGGACGCCAACGAGUGCAAAGCUUGCAAUUGCAACAACCACGCGAAGAAGUGCCGCUUCAACAUGGAGUUGUACAAACUGUCAGGGCGAGUCUCGGGUGGUGUAUGCCUCAAGUGUCGUCACUUCACAGCCGGCAGGCACUGUCACUACUGCAAGGAGGGCUACUUCAGAGACCCCACCAAACCCAUCACUCAUCGCAAAGCUUGCAAAGCGUGCGAUUGUCAUCCAAUCGGCGCCUCUGGGAAGACGUGCAACCAGACGAGCGGACAGUGUCCUUGCAAAGAUGGCGUUACCGGCGUUACCUGCAAUCGAUGUGCCAAAGGAUACACGCAGAGCAGAUCUCACAUAGCUCCUUGCAUUAAGACUCCGAGAAUAUCCAUCAAUCAAAUGUCAGCUGAUGCUGAACCAAACGGCAACCCUUCAAAUAAAAAUGACCAGUGCGGUAAAUGUCGAUCCGGGACCAGACGACUGAACUUAUCGAAAUAUUGCAAACGAGACUACGCAAUUUUGGGUAAAAUUGUGGAGCGGGAGCAAAAUGAGGACUGGGUUCGUUUCUCGCUGAACGUUCAGAGCAUAUACAAGCGAGCGCGGGAUUCCCGGCUCAAGCGCGGAGAGACGCAGCUCUGGGUUCACGUCAAGGACCUUGCUUGCAAGUGCCCCAAAAUCAAGCAAAACAAGUUGUACUUGAUCCUGGGGAAGGAGGAAGAGGGCUGGAAGAGCCAUCCAGGGCUCACGAUGACGGAGCGCGCUAUCGUCAUAGAGUGGAAGGACGAAUGGCACAACCGGAUGAAGAGAUUCCAGAAGCGGGCUGCGCAGUGCGGCUAAUUCCAACGACCAUCAACAUCUCU